AUGUCCUUCCACAGCCACCCAGACAGCAAGCACUCCCAAACCUUGUGUGACUCUGUCGAGUCGCGCGUACGACUUUCUUACCAGAUCGAGGGUGAGAGUGCCAGCAAUUUCAUCGAUCUUGGGACAGGGUCUGCCAGCCCCCGUUCCGAAUACCAUUGUGAGAUCCGUUAUGAUGGGAGUGUGAAAAUCUGGAACACCAUUGGCAACCACAGGUUCUCAGUCGAAUACGAGCCAAAGCAGGUUGCUUUCGAGGCCCUGAAGAAGCGCAACGCUGGAGGUGAAUGGGUUUAUCUAGACCCGCGAUACGACUCAUGGACGCCAAGUGUUCGCGGCGAACCGGAUACGCAGCUCGUUGUGCGCAUGCUUGACGAUUCACCGACUGCUAGCCUUUCUCGUGCGAAUGACGCACAGCGGAACUCUUUGGCUACCACCAACCUCUUCCCUCUCGCUCGAUCAUACAAGCUGUUUAGUCGGGUCAAGCUGCAAUUGUUGGACGCUUCUCGCGACCGGAUAUGGCGUCCUGAUUCGAUUAUCCGACUCAUAACCGAAGCAAAGCUUGCCCACACCCGCAAAGAUACCCAGCAGCCCGAUCACUAUGUGGUGAUGGAGGAUGUUUUAGGUACCCCGGAGACGCGUGACCCGCAUAUGAAGGCCUUCCUCGACACCGAAGAAGCCGCCAUAAAAGCCGAAGGAGUAGACGGCGAAGCGAUAACGGCGGCGGUAAGAGCAAUGAGGGCUGCAUUAUCAGGACCGGAGUCGAACACCACAUAUCGGAUACCCAUUAGUGCGGUGUUUGAUUACCAAGCGAAGGCCGUCAAAGAAGUGGUGCCACUCGCAGAAAAGGGCUAUUCGGUCGAUUUCUCGCCUUUCGACGACAUCAACCCGUCUCAGGAGCGCGCGAUUCGGAACAUCUUCGUGUACACAGCGUCGCUUAUCCACGCUCCCAAUGGCUGUGCGUUGACGGCCACCAUUGUUUUUGCGACAGAGGCCAUCCUACGUAAAGCUCCGACAACGAAGGUCCUCAUCUGCUCGAGGUCAAAUGCCGCAGCUGACAAAAUCGAUUCCGGGUUCAACAUGCGUCGACAUCUAUGCGGUUUCCGGUUCGAACAUCUGCGGUUCUUGCCACGCACGACAGACGAGCUCCACGAUGUCCGAGUCGUUAUUUGCACGUACGCGACGUCCGGGGUUGGGCGGCUCUUGAGACAAUGGGAUCCUCAGGUCCUUAUUGGUGACGAUGCUGGCAGAAUCAGGCACUAUGAAUUAAUUGUUCCGAUCUCGGCGCACUUAGAAUCCCUGAACAGGUUGGUUCUCCUGGGCGACCACACCCAAAAUAGUCCUUCAGCAUCAACAGCAACGGGACGCGUCGCUUGGGAGAGAUCGAUCUUUGAGAGCAUGAUGGACAGAGGAUGGCCCCAGCAACUGCUCGACAUAAAUUACUUGACGCACUCGGACCUGUGGUACCCGACAAGUUUUGUCUUCUAUCACGGCCUAGUUACAGCGGCUCGAAGCACGGCCGACCCAGGGCCAUUCUUGACCAAACUCCUGACAAGAUUCGACCAGGGUGUGGAGAUCGAGGACAGUGUUGGAGACACUGCGAGGAUCUCUUCGUUCGCGCAUUUCUUUGACGUCCGCGAUAAGCAGGAUGAAAGCAUCGACCCCGAAGUUAGCUGUGUGGAGGUCAUCGUGAACGCGUUGCUUCAGAGCGAUUCGUGCAAAGCAGAUGAGAUAGUCGUGGUGCAUGGCGCGCGUGAGUAUCACGAUCUCCUCACAUCCAAGUCCAAGAGCAGUGGCUGGUGCGGCGUGGCCAUCGAACACAUCGCUUCCACACAAGCUCUCUCGCGGAAGGUUGCCAUUCUGUGUCUACCACGGAGUGAAGUGAAGCUUGUCGACUCACCCAUGAGCCAGCGGCGGAACGUCAGUACCAUGAUGUCGCUUGCCUCGGACGCAGUUUUCGUCGUUGGAACGUGGAAGUCCAUCUGCCUCCUGGCCCACACCAACGACCUCCAACGAGUGCUGUUCUGCAUGGAUGAAACGAUCGAGAGGUUUCUGCUCCGAGUCGGCGGGAGUCCCUACACAUACAGUGGAGAUGCACUGGUUAAUGUGAAGGCCCAAGGGGAACGUAGGCGGUAG